CGCGGGAAACGGGAAGAGCCGCUGUCGCAGUCGAGCGAGCUGCGACUAGGCCAAGUGUUGCAGCGACUCUGCACCGCGCCCGCUUGCGCAAGGGGCCUUCCCAGCGACGAGGACCCCCGCUGCUCGCCGAGACAUCGACCACGAUCGGUGGGGGUGUCGGGCGCUCCCCAAGACCACGACCACGCGCCCCGCCCGAGCAUGCCGCGAGUGUCGCCGGAGAGGGACUCGAGUGCGACAACACACGACCACGACGUGUUCGUGUGCGGUGCCGGCGCAGGCGCCUCUAGUCAAGCGCACCCGAGCGCGGCCCCCGGGAGGCGCGUCCUCCGACGCGGAGGCGAGCGGCCCGCCCGCGGCGGCCAAGGAGUGGUCGGAGGGCGAGUGCGAGAGGCAGCGGAGCGCGCGAAGCGCGCUGGAGCAGCGCCGCAGAGAGUCGCAGACCCCGAACAAGGGCGGCGCGGCGCCCGCGCGCCCGUUUGUGGCGCCGCGCGCCCCCCGCCCGCACAGGGCGCCGCCGCCCGCGCCUCAUGUUCCAGAACUCCGACGAGAAACGACGACGAGCCGCCGCGCUCGCCGUCGCCGCGCCGCUACCAGCUGCUGGCGCGCGCCGACUCGCGUCGGGAGGCGAGAGCGACCGGCGAGCCGCUGCCCGCCCACACGCCUUGCGCGACCGCAGAACCGCACCGCCAGCCCGUUCCUUCUUCCCGCCCUCGAACCUCUCCGACUCGGAGGCCCCGCGGCGGCUGUCGGCUCUGCGGGGCGUCCGGCGCGGCAAGCCCCGCCCCGAGCGCGCAAGCCCGCACGUGCCGCGCCGCUACCACCAAAGCGCCCGCUGCGCGCCCCUUCCCCGGCAGAUGCUGGAGGCAACAUUUGAAGACCCCGAGACGACCGCCAAUCUUCUCCAAGCUCAACUACAAACGCACGAGCCUCAAUGCCUGGAAGCAGCGUGACGCCCGGAUCGGGGGAGGCGUGUCCGUCGCCCCGGCCGCCGGUGGCGCGCCCGCGUCGCCGACCCGCGCGACGGCGGCGGCUGUGCUUGGUGCGGACCGCGCGCCCUCACCGCGCAGUCCCUGGACGACUCCAUGCUGCGCGGGCGGCUACGGGCGCGCCUCCUCCGCCACGUCGCCCCCUCGCCGCAGCCGCCCUCUCCCCCAAGCGCAAGCAGCCCCGCCGCAACUACGGCGCCGCCGCCGAGCCCCUCGCCCGGAAGCUGCUGGCGACUCUGCGCGGCACUCGGCGGCUGUUGCACCCGCGCCACCCCGCCGUCGCCCGCCCCCGCCGGCCAGCGCCGCCCGCCGCCGCACCUGCUGGCCGCCGGCCGCCCCCGCGCCCGCGCCGCCGCUGACGCCGCUCGGCCCCGCCCCCGCGCCCACGCCCGCGCCACCCGGAGGAGGAGGAGGAGGAGGAGCAGGCUCCAGCGCCACCCCGAACGGCGCCGCGCUGCAGCACUGGAAGAUAGGCAACCAGCAGUGCGAGUUUGCGUCUCCGGACGACGACCUCGCCGGCCCACAGUUUCCCCUGGGAGACAAUAGUCGAAAGAGUUUCCAUGGUACUGGAUUUAUGAGUAUUGUCUAA